AUGGACGAGGAACCCGACCGCUUCCCACUGCACACGGCAGCUCGUCUAGGACAGGUGUCGAGGGCCGAAGCGCUGCUCAAGGCAUGGCACCCACGCCCUUGGCACGAGAACGACCCCAAGCUCGCCAAGAAGCAAGAUGACGAUGGGCGGUACGCCGUCCACUGGGCCGCGUCGUCCAACAGCUUCCAGAUUAUGCUCAUGCUCGCCGAACUGCCCGGGUUUGAUCCCGAUGUCCAGGACGGCAGCGGAUGGACGGCUCUCAUGAUUGCCGCGAGCGUGGCGGAUAGUGAGCCCAUCCUCACGCUGCUGCUGCAACGGGGCGCAGACGUGAACGAGAAGAAUGGCAGCGGACAGACCGCCCUCCACUUCGUCGCCUCAAAGAAGAACAUGGACGUCGCGCGCCUCCUCCUCGCGGCCAAGCCUCCGGCCUCGACGCGCGUCCGCGACCGCCGCGGCCAGUACCCCAUCCACCGCGCCGCCGCCGUCGGCUCCGUGCCCAUGACGACGCUGCUGCUCCGGAACCGCAGCCCCCUCAACCUGUCUCUUAUACACAUCUAG